AUGAUAUAUCCGGAACUGACGCCGACCCCAUUGACGAUUCUCUGUGCAUUUGGCAUACCUGUUGAAGAUCUUGCCUUCGAGACUGUCAUCUCUGGCUAUGCACUUCGAAUGCAAUACUUUCUGCCUAACAACGCGUCGCAAUCUCUUCCUGAUCGGCGGCACAAAGGUGACAUCAACUUAGGCUCCACGUAUCGUUGGAUCGUUUACCGUGGCAUCGAAAUGGUGCUCCAGCAUUUGGGUGUACCAGGUCACGAAUGUCUUUUGCGAGUAAUCUGCGAACAUGCUGCGAUACCCUUAACCCAUGAGAGUGGAUUACUUGGAGAAUUGCUUCACAUUAUCUUGACUCCGUCGACCUCAAUGGAUACGUUGGGAGUGGCGCCGGAUCGUGUUUAUCAGACAGCAGAACGUGUUGGCAGACGAGGAGGCAACUGUGAUUUGCUCUAUGCCAGAAAAUGCCCAAGAUCACCCAUGAACUUGAUAAGCAUACUACUGAAAGUGAACAAAUAA